AUGUUGUCCGACGCUGAUGAAACCGAUGAGUUGGACACCAUUGCCGAUGUUAUGGGUUUGCGCUCACAAAAUCGCCUCAAUACAUUUCGUGAAAUGUGGUAUCACAUAUUCCUUUGGGCGCUCUUCUCCUCCAUUUUCAUACACACAUGCGCUGCUUUGGUUGCUUUUGUGACACUACGCAAACACAAAUUCGGACGCUUCUUCUCGAUACUGAUUCUAGUAAUGGGAUUUCUGUCGCCAGCGAUGAGUGGCAUAGUGAGCAGCGCCGUGAUAGCAUUCGUGCAUCGAGCCUCCAGUCUGCCAAUGUCGCCAAUAUAUGCAAUGGUGUGGGGUGUUGGACAAACGAUAGUGUCGGCGUGUUUAGGUUUUACACGAAUUCUGGCUACACUCUAGAAAUUGGGCGCUUUCAAUGGGGGGGGGGGGGGGGGACAUAUGUUGGUUAAGUGAGUGAGUGAGUGACUGACAGACGGACAGUUCCAAAUACACAUACAGACACACACGUAAAGUCUUAGUGAUAAACGCCUAGUGUUUUAAGUAUAACAUAAUUAUUACGAUUGUAAAAAAAAAAUUAAAAUUAUAA